CUCCUGCAGGUGUGACGUCGUACAAGGUGGUGGCGCCCGCCCACUACACCGCCCUCCGAGGACCCCUUACUGUUGUGGUCUACCUCGUCCCCACACCCCCACCGACGGAGGUGCCGCUCUAUACCUGGGACUUUGAGAACAACAAAUCUGCCCUCCCGCUGAACACCUCAUUCUCCGACCCCGAGGAGGACGACACCGACGAUUACAACUUUAACAACAACUACUCUGCUGAGCCCUCCCAACCUCGGCGCCUCUACAACGAUGGGGGAGGAGGAGGACGAGGAGGAGGACGAGGAGGAGGAAGAGGAGGAGGAGGAGGAGGAGGAGGAGGACCCCCACCAGACACGCCUACAGAACCUUUGAUGCUGUCGUUGUUCGCGAAGGGGAGUGUCCGAGCCAUCAAAACUUACCUGGUGAAGGAAGACCUGGACAAGAGGACCAUGUUCUUCACCUGCGGGAUGGUGGUACAGGGCGGCAUUCACUUCUUAAGGUUGGAGCGGGGGUCACAGGUGGUGGCCGAGAGUGGGGCGGUGGAGGUGUCGUGGCCCGCCAUGGUGAUCACUGUUCCUCGCCGCGUGGAGACCUACAGUACCCCUAUCAGUGUUAAUAUCAGGUUCACGCAGUCUAAUUGUCGGGCCAUUAGCUCCAUCACCUUCACCACGUGGGUGGACCUCCUCUACCACGGUGUACCGGUGACCGAGGCCGACGCCGAGGACAACUUCACCGCCACACUCACCACCACUACCAUCACGCCCUCGUUCAGGCAGCGUGACAAGAGACCCUGGUCUUUCCUUCAACACAAACUGGAAAAUUCUCUACGGCGACGCCGAAGCAGGAGGAACAAAGAGCUUGCCAUACGCAAAAAGAUAAAAAGGAAAAACAGACGAGCAAAGAGAAAGAUGAGGAGAAGACGGGGGAAAAAAGACGCUUAUCAGAGGUACUGGGAUUGGAUAGGGAGGCACCGUCGGGCGCUAGUGGAGGGGGAGGAGGAGGCGGAGCUUCCUGCCCGGAUGUUUGUGAGGUCCUCAGGGGCGCGGGUGAUGCAGGUGAGGAGUAAGCCCCUGGUGACGUUCUACGAACUUGCGUACCACACUGUGCAGUUCCCCUGCAACACGGUGGGCCCCGCUGGACUCUACAGCAUCAGGAUCAACACCAACGUUCCCACCAGGCCCGUGGUGGCCUCUUCCGCGUUGUUCCCGGUGGUGUGGAGCGAUUUGUUUACACUACACGUGCAGGCCUCCAACCUCAAUCCAUGUAUUGGGUCCAUCGGCGUGCAGGUGACGUAUCCCUCGUGCAUCGGCGACACCGACAAGGUGAGGCUGUACGCCAGGAUCAGGGCCAACGUCACCUCCGCCAGCCCGCCCAUUUACGAGAAAUACUUGGCGGAGUACCGGGUCAGGAAGCCAAUGACGACGGCGGAGUUCUCGUGUGACCUCUUCAAGCAGGAGGCAACUGACUACUGCUUCGUAUACGUCAACACGGCCGAGAAGAAGGUGGUGUCAGAGGUCAGGAGGAAGUGUGUGCCCUUCUACAAGCCCAAAGCGAUGCGGGAUAAUGGCAACUGGGGGGACUGGAAGGAGUGGACCGAGUGUACCUCUACGUGUGGCUCCGGGCAGCGCCUCCGUCACCGCUUCUGCGACAAUCCACCUCCCAGGAACGGGGGCACCUUUUGCCAGGGGGACGCCAUACAAGCUGAGUCGUGUGAGGGCCCAGCAUGUGUGCCAGCCAGCCAGCAGCCAGCGGCGGCCUCCUCCACCCCCGGAGCUGACAACAGCUGCUCCUGUGGAUGUACCCUCAGCCUCAUUAACGGCUUUUCCGAGUCCGUCUCCGCCUCGGCUGCUGUCUGCUACGGCACCUCCAUUUGGGUCCUUGAGGCACCACCAGGGGAGAAGGUGGUGGCGGAGGUGGCCUGGGCGUCUCUCAGACCAGGAGCUCAGUGGCUGAAAAUGCGGGAUGGUGGCAACGUAUCUGACCCUCUCCUCGUCCGUCUACCCUCAUCCAUGCCUGAAGACGACCUGCUACACUACCCUGCACACUCUCAGCGACGCCUAGCAGCCACACGCCGCCGCUCCUCCUCCGGGUCCAAGCUACUUCUGGAGUUUCGGUCGGACAUAAACACGUCAUUAAGUGGCCUGAACCCCGCUUCCUACGGGUUCCUGGUCACCGUCUUCUCCACGGCAGAUAAAAGUGUGCUGGGUGCCGUGGGUGGCAGUGUAGGGGAGACUGAGCCAGGGACCACACAGUCCUGGCUGUUAGAGGGGAUGCACGUGGCUGCUGUGGUGUUCGUAGCAGCACUGAUGGCUGCUGUGGUUGUGCUGGCAGUCUACCACUGGCGGAGGUAUCGUCUCUACAAGCGGGCGCGGCUCAUCCCGGAGUCUCCAUAUGCCACGCCGCCCACCACGCCCUCCAAGAAUCCUACCGAUGCCUCUUCUACCCUCACGCUCACCGAGGUCAUUUCACUCAAGUCUCUGGUGCCUCGACGCAAACUACCUGUGUCACUGCCACUGAAACAUCGAGGCAGGUCUGCUUCUUAUUCUCCUUUGGAUAAUGAUCAGCCCCAUGAGGCUCCCCAGCACUCGCUCCCCAACUCUCCAUUCCUCACCAGGCGAGUCACCACGCCCUCUACUCUCAGAAGGUCUUCCUCACAUCUAGGACGCUUGUUGAGGAAGGGAAGUGGAACUUUCAAGCGUAAGAAGAGACGAUUUGCUUCCGUUGACGAGCUCGAGACUCGCUGUAUCUCACCCAUCCAUGAAAUACAGCGAGAGGACGAGGGAGACAGUGGGAAAGAGGGACCAGUUGUGGAUAUAAACAUGAAGGGAGAAGAGAAUUCUGCCAAGUACCGUGAGUAUCGCAAAUCAUUGGCAUCGGAAGUGGCCAAGGACUCUCGACUGACCCCCAAGUUUGCCAAAGAGAGAAUGAAUCUGGAGCGUGUAAGACGUUCAGCUAUCUCUCGCUCCACCUCCAACGCCACCAUGAGAGCUGCCUCCUCUGUGUCAGAUAUGUCCGUCAACGGCACCGACACCGAGAUGGAGUACGACUACUAUGACUAUGACAUGGAAAACGCCUCAGCCGUGCCGGGGUCCUUGUUUGGCCUUGACCCACUCCUGCUGGCCUGGGCACCGCCUUUCUUUCCCGGUGACAACUCUCCCCCAGACCAGGGCAUUCCUUUAAACAUACUCAACCUGACCGAAGCCACACCCACAUCUGAGGAACCUUCGAGGCCUACUGCUCUCCCACUCCAAAAUCCCAACAUCCCUCACGUCGAUCCCCCGAAAUCAAUAGCCAUGCAGAUAAGUAUCAAAUCUGAUGAAGCUAAUGACCGUCCCUCGCUGCAAGGUGAUUCUGUCGUCCAAAACGGCUCUCAGGACCAGAGUCAACAUAACGACGACGACGAUGAUGAUGAUGAUGACGACGAUGACCGGACGCCCACCACACAAAGCAGCAAGAUUCUAAAUAACCUCGAUGACAUUCAGUUCGCCGAUGACUCCGAUAUCGAAGAGGAUGCCUUAUAGUACUACCUUCUCUCUUUGAACCUCACCCCAUGUCCGAGUUAACAGGCAUGGGGGCAGGUCUGUCAACGCUUUAAACUACUGUACUUCUCUGGGUCUGGUUGUUUAUACAAUUUGUCAUCAAGAAGUAUAUUUCUGUAACGUGUCUUGGCUGUAUGUAGUAUGGUAAGGGGAGGGGGGGAUACAGCUUUAAAGAAACCUAUUACUGUAGUCUGCUAAGUCUUUUUUCCUGAGUGAUAUCUUGAAUCUAUCUGUCUACUUAUGGUACAAUUAGGUGUUAAUAGAUUUUGUUAUGUGUGAAGGUCUCAGUAACUCGAGGCACCCACUGCUCAGUAGAUACCAAGUUCCUGUCACAUUUCUUUGGUGUUCCCAGUUAAUUUAAAGUCAACCAAGCUUACUUUAUUGUUUUGUUUACUAUGUUAAGUGUACAUUUGUGUUUUAGACGAAUUUUCCUGAUUUAUAUAUUUGUUAGAUUUGAAUAAAUUGUAAGUUGAGUCACUGUACUGUAGUGUGAAGAGAGGCCACAGACAGAGUAUUUGAGUAAGUGAUAAGGCUGCAAUUUACUAUUAACGUAUUAUUCCUUACGAAGAGACAUUCAGCAAUGGUCUUCUGAUAGUUGUGAGCCUCAAUUUGAAGCCCUGUUUUCAGAAUCGCCAAAUUGAUAGUCAUAAUGUUUGUAAAACUGCCAAAUUCUCUCGUCUUAUUGUCUACCAAACUGUCAAACUGCAUCAAACUGCCAAGAUAUAUGUCAAACUGGACAAAAGAAGAUGUUUUAUGACAAAGGUUUGUCUGUGAAGAGAUAAACACACUUAAUAAUGGAUAAUAAACUCCUGAUCUAGUGAUGGAAACACUAAAAUACGUACUGUUGAUAACUUUUUGCUGAUAUCCUUUGGCCAUUUCUGUAACACUCAUUCCAAAAAUUAUAUCUACAGAGGGUCCGAUGAAUUUCAAAGUGAACACAGCGACUGCUGUUGUCUUGAUAGGGUUGUUAAAAUCCUUCGUCCGUUGUGUCAUAUUGUCUCACUCAAAGUCGUAAAGAUCUUUUUUGGAGCAAAUUCCUGUUCAAGAUUCCUUCACGUAAUUCGCAACUGGAAGAAAACGAAACUCAACAAUGGUAAACUAAAAAUGAUUUACAGACAAAAACUCGACACUCAACCGCCGAGGUCAAGUGGAUGAUUUUACAGUACUUCAUUGUUUUGGUUUUGGUGCAAUUUUAGGUGCUUCAUCUGCCAUGGAUAUUUAGUAUCGAUUUCAAAUCAUAUUUUUUUGGCGUGGCAACAGAUGGAUUUUAAAAAUUGCCGACAGUCUGACCAUGAUAGGAGUUAAUGUUACUCUAAAUAUCAGCAGGUUGACUUCUCUCUGUGGUACAACUUCUUUAUACAAAUGAAUAUUGUAUAUGUAUAUUUUUUACUUGUCUGUACAAAAGAAAUUAUUUCAAUUUAAGGGUAAUCUAGUUCAUAUCCCCAGCUUACUUAGUGCUUCUUGUUGAUAGUGCAGAGAGAGAAAUGACACAGGAAAAGAAAAAUGCGAAGGAUGAAUACAAACAUUAAAAGAGAGAGAAUCAGUGAAUGAGAAAAUCAGAAAGAUUUGGAAAUAAAAAACGUGUUCUACCAUGUACAGUAUCACGCCCUCUAGCAGUAUCUAAGAGGGUCAUCAGAGGAAAAUCUGACAUGAGAGAGAGGACUUCUGGUAAGUGUGAUUGAUGUAAGUUGGGGAGAUUCUUGGGUACGUAUGUACUUGAAUAUAUACUGUUAAAAUA